AGCGUGGUGCCUCCACUUGCACAACCUCAAUUUUCACCCCUCCCGGGUGAGGCAACCGGUGUGGUGCUGGUCGCUGUGCACCGCAGACGCUCUCAAAGUUACCCAACUCGCUGAGAGGAGGCAGUCUGACAUGUCAGCCACACGGAUGCAGCUGCUGUCAGCCAGAAGCGUCCGGCUUUUAAGCCGCGGGCGAAGCGAGCUGUUCGCCGGCGGCAGCGGAGCGCAGCCGGCCGGCGGUGGUCCCGGGGUCCGCUCACUGACCUCUCCCCCUCUCUCCUCCUCCUCUCCCGGCAGAGCUCUAUCGAGUCUGAGUGCGACGCGGCGCGGGCUCCCCAAGGAGAAAAUGACCGAGAACGGAGUGACGUCCCGGGCCAAGGUGUUGACCAUCGACACUAUGAACCCCACGGUGAAGAAGGUGGAGUACGCGGUGCGGGGGCCCAUCGUGCAGCGGGCCGUGGAGCUGGAGAGGGAGCUGUCUGAGGGAAUGAAGAAGCCUUUCGCUGAGGUCAUUAAGGCCAACAUUGGUGAUGCGCACGCUAUGGGCCAGCAGCCAAUCACUUUCUUCCGACAGGUCUUGGCGCUCUGCUCCUACCCUGAACUGCUGAAUGACAGCACAUUCCCAGAGGAUGCUAAAAGUAGAGCACGCCGCAUUCUGCAGUCCUGUGGAGGGAACAGUAUGGGCUCCUACAGUGCCAGUCAGGGCAUAGAGUCUGUGCGUCACGACGUCGCCCGCUACAUUGAGCGAAGGGAUGGCGGCAUGCCCUGCGACCCAGACAACAUUUACCUCACCACAGGGGCCAGCGACGGCAUUGUGACCAUGCUGAAGCUGUUGGUGUGUGGCGAGGAUGCGACCCGCACCGGCGUCAUGAUCUCCAUACCUCAGUAUCCCCUGUACUCAGCCGCGCUGGCCGAACUGGGCGCCGUGCAAAUCAGCUAUUACCUUAACGAGGAAAAGUGCUGGAGUCUGGACAUCAGCGAGCUGCAGCGUGCUGUGGAUGAGGCGCGGCGUCACUGCAACCCGCGAGCCCUGUGCAUCAUCAACCCUGGAAACCCCACUGGUCAGGUUCAGAGCAGACAGUGCAUCGAGGAUGUAAUCCGAUUUGCGGCAAAGGAACGUCUCUUCCUCAUGGCUGAUGAGGUGUACCAGGAUAAUGUGUAUGCCGAUGGCUGUCAGUUCCACUCCUUUAAGAAGGUCCUGUUUGAGAUGGGGCCGGAGUACUCAAAUGCGGUGGAGCUGGUAUCUUUCCACUCUACCUCCAAGUGUUACAUGGGAGAGUGUGGCUUCCGAGGAGGUUACAUGGAGAUCAUCAACAUGGACAGUGAGGUGAAGGCUCAGCUGACCAAGCUGGUGUCUGUCCGUCUGUGUCCUCCUGUUCCUGGACAGGCUCUAAUGGACCUGGUGGUCAACCCUCCGCAGCCUGGGGAACCCUCAUAUGACAACUUUAUGAAGGAGCGCACAGCCACCUUAAGUGCCUUAGCAGAGAAGGCCAGGCUUACGGAGCAGGUUCUCAAUACUGUGCAAGGCAUCAGCUGCAAUCCUGUGCAGGGUGCCAUGUACUCCUUCCCUUGCAUAACCAUCCCUGAAAAGGCCGUCAAAGAGGCCACGGACAACGGUCAGCAGCCAGAUAUGUUUUACUGCAUGAAGAUGCUGGAGGAGACGGGGAUCUGCCUCGUACCUGGGAGCGGCUUUGGCCAGAGGGAUGGAACCUACCAUUUCAGGAUGACCAUCUUGCCGCCGACAGACAAGCUGAAGAUCCUGCUGAACAAAGUCAAGGAGUUCCACCAGAAGUUCACUCAGCAGUAUUCUUAAGUUCCCACGUCUGUCCCUCCAUUCUCAAAGGGAGGAGCUCACCAGCCACAACAAAAAAAGAACUUAGCCAAUCAGAAUCGAUCUGUCAAUAAUAAGUGCCUUUUCUACGGCGGCUCUAGUGGUCUCUGUGAUGACGCACUUCAGCCUUUACUGCUAUCGGAUGUGGACAUUUGCAAGGCUGUUUUGUGUUAGAAAACAAAACCGGAGAUGACAAAAUGAAUUCAAAGAAAACUAUGGUUUCACCUUGUGUGUGUGUGUGUGUGUGUGUGUGUGUGUGUGUGUGUGUGUGUGUGUGUGUGUGUGUGUGUGUGUGUGUGUGUGUGUGUGUGUGUGUGUGUGUGUGUGCAUGCAUGUGUGAGUGUGCGGUUUCAGCUUUGAAGGAUGUACAGUGUGUACUGCAGGUAUGUGUGUUUGUGAAUACGAGAGAUAGAUUGUCUGUGUGAAUACCAAGCUUAAAAAAAAAAAAGGGUUCGACCGAAGGAAAAAGAGAUGUUG